GUAUUCUGGUUCCAGAAGAAUGACACAGAAACAUUCAGACUGAUUCUUGAUAUACACAGGUCUAAUGGUGAAAUAUAUAAAGGAUUCAACCAUCCUCAGAAAGAUGAUUUCUCAGCUGUGAAUAAACAGAACGGCUGGGAGUUACAGAUCCAGAGAGUUGAACUCUCUCAUUCAGCCACCUACUACUGCUCCUGUCUGAAAUAUGAUCCUGGAUGGUACCCCAUCUUUGGCUCUGGGACUAAACUGUUUGUAACAGAUGAGCCCGUGGUGAAGCCCGUGGUGAGUGUGUACCCGGCAGUAUCCAGAGCCCAGCUGGAGGGGAAGAGCUCCCUGCUGUGUGUGGCCUCAGACAUGUUUCCUCCUCUGGUCCAGAUCUCCUGGAGAAGACCAAAGGGGGACGGUCAGCUGGAGGUGCUGCCCCCUGCUGAGGGAGAGCAGCUGGAGCUCAGAGAGUCGGGACGCACCGUCGCAAUCAGAGUGAUCAAUCAAGAUGCCUUCCACACUGAUAGAUACCUCUGCUCUGUGCAGCAUGAGGGGGGCAGAGUGGACGCCAGAACUGAACAAGAGGUUCCUGCAGCAUUUUUCAUAUCCCAGUGCAGGGUGAAGCUGCUCUCUCUGCUGUACUCCCUGCUGAUCCUGAAGAGUCUGGUGUUCUGCUGUGGACUCUCUCUGCUGAGGAUCCCCACCAACAAGCCCCCGUCCAUCAGCUGCACAUGUGCUGACCGACUGUCUCCUGCUGGCCUGUUCUCUCCAUCAGAUCUCAGCAGCUCACCUCUGGAAAGCUUCUCUCAGCAGGUCCAAAUGUAGAUUCCAACAUGUGGAGGGUGGUUGGAGAAUGGAUGGAUCUGUGCAGCGUCAGAUAAAUCCCCCUGGAGGUCUAAACAGAAACAGACUUGUAUUCUGAUCCUGAUUCUGUUGUCUAAAGUUCAUUUGAAUAGAUUCUGUUUACACUCAGUAAAGAGUGAUUUGUACAAACGUUUCCAAUGAUCCUCUUUCUGCUAGAUUAGACCUCAUUUAUUCAAUGUUUCACACAUAUGCAGAGUGUCGCAGCUUCUUACAUUUUUUACAG